AUGGCACCAUUAAAGACCCUUGCCGCCUUCCUACGGGCUAUGUCUCCAGCUUGGGCUAAGCAGGUUCAUUUCGAUCUCGAUCUCACAUGGCAAAACGGUGCACCAGAUGGCAAUAUGCGGGAGAUGAACUUCAUGAAUGACCCAUUCCCCGGACCUGAGCUUCGACUAGACCAGGGUGACGGUGACGAAGUUGAAGUUGUUGUACAUAACAGCUUGCCUUUCAACAUCACGGUUCACUUCCACGGUAUUGAGCAGCGGAAUACUGCGUGUAUGGAACCUACUGGUGCCAUGCUCACAGCAGGGCUGACAUGGUGGAAGGUCUCUUCGGGUCUAUUUGGAACAAUAAGCUUUUGUUUCGAGGCCACAUUUGAUAUGAAACACACAAACAAUUAUAGCCCUGGUCCCGAUGUUCAGCAGCCAUUCCGUCUCAUCUUGAGCAAUGAGCACGAUAUUGAGGCGAUAAAGGAAGCAGAAAAGAACCCUCAACUUGUUAAAGUGUCUGAUUGCCGCCAUCUGACUUCUGGACAGUACCAGAAGGCAAUGGAAGACAGCCGCUUAGGUGUUUUCUGCUCAUACAGUAUCCUUAUAAACGACCGUGGAGCAGUAUUCUGUCCAGGCACUGAAAUGAUUUUCAAUCUGGAGAUUUCCUACUUGAAGACUGCUAUUGGUAACCAGCCAUUGAAAGACAAGAGAAACACUUCUGCUUCUGUCAUGCCCUUGGACAAGAGAGCUAUCAAGCCUUAUCCUCCCGUCACCAACUCAAAGUCUGUCGACCAGCUGGCCAACCUCACUAUUGGCCGCGUUGGCUCUUCCUACAUGUGGCCUACUUCUGGUGGUGCGCUCCUGCCAUUCAGAGCCUCACGUUAUGCACAGCACUCCAACAAGGCGUUCAUUCUUGGUGUUGGCCCUGGCUUUUUCAACUGGUCCAGUAUAGAGGAGGAGGCCUACGCCCAGCGUCCGGAACUGUUCCAGGUGGAGAACCCUCAGAUGAGAGAUACCUUCGUCACUAAUGGCCCUACGGGACCGACAUGGAUGAUUGUGCGGUGCCAGGUUGUUACCCCGGGUCCCUUCCUUUUCCACUGCCACAUUGAAACACAAAUGUCCAAGGGUAUGGCUGUUGCUCUUCUUGAUGGUGUUGAUGUAUGGCCCCAGGUUCCUGCUGGGGAAGACAAAAGCCAUGGUGCUCAGGUUAAACUUGCUGGCCACGUAAAAACUGGUGGUCAGGGUCCUCCUGAUCAAAGCGGCUCAUCUUUCAAGCCCCACCCUAACAGGCCAAUUCCUGGUGGAAAGCCUAUGUGGCCUCCCGCACCUGAAGCUAUGCCCGCUAGUCCACCUAUGUCGGACUGUCUUCCCCAUCACGAGUAUAUUGCAGUCGUUGAUGUUGGUGAAGUAAACCAGCGACCUGCUCCACCUAUCGGCAGAGCCUACCAGGCUCGUCGCUGGUAG